AUGGGUGCAAGGAUUGAUAAUUCAAUAAACAGUGGUGACCCUAUUGCCACGAUCGUGGAUAGUACAUUCCCAAUGUUCACGAAUGGAACUUGUGACAACACUUUUUUAGAAAAGCGUGCAAUUUUGGCACCUACACUUGAUGUUGUUAAUUCCAUUAAUGAAUACAUGAGUAACAUACAUGUUGCAGAGAGCAGAACUUACCUUAGUUGUGACACUGUAUGUCGAACUGAGUCUAAUAAUGGCAUUCUGGCGGAUGUGCACACACCGGAGUUCCUAAAUGGGUUGCGAGUAUCUGGCAUUCCUAACCAUUCUUUGACGUUAAAGGUGAGUUCACCUGUGAUGUUAUUGAGGAAUAUAGAUCACACACUUGGUCUAUGCAAUGGAACUAGGCUGAUAGUAACCAGGUUGUCAGCACAUGUCAUAGAGGCCAAACUAAUGUCAGGUAACCAUAUUGGUACCAGGGUUUUAAUACCUAGAUUGACAAUGACUCCUUCGGACCCUAGAUUGCCAUUCAAGUUCAAUAGAAGAUAA